AUGAACAAAAACAAACUGAUUCAUGAUUUCCUGGAAGUGGUUUCCAGGGGAGAUGUGGAAUGCAUCUGUGGCCAUAUUCCUGAAGUCCAUUCAGUCCUUGGGAACCUUGACUUCCAGCACCCACAGACCGGAAAUACGCCUCUCAUUACUGCAGCAGAAGAAAAUCUAUCAGAGGUUGUUGAGAUUCUUCUAGAGAGGGGAGCAGAUAUCACCCUCUGCAAUUACAACAAUCAAACUGCCAUCCAUGUGGCCAAUGGUGACAUCCGAAGACAGCUCUUGGCAGACAAGAGAAUUCAAGCUCCACAAAUGCAGCUGCUAAGAAGUUCGUGGCAAGGGGAUCUUGAACAGCUUCAACACUUGCUGGCAUCUGAAGAGUUCCUGGAUAUAAAUUUCCCAAACCUGCAUGGCCUGACCCCUCUGAUGCUGGCUGUGAGAGAUGUGGACCUAUUUGAAAGUCUGGAUGUAUUAACUGUCUACAAACCUGCAGAAGUUCUAGCCGAGCUCCUCAGGCAUCAUGCAGAUCCUAAACUUUGUGACUUCAGUGGCAAGUCAGCAAUACAUUAUGUGUCACAAAUUGCAAGUUGGAGGAAACAGCAGCUACUGGACAUCCUGAUGAAUUCUAUACCCAAACCAGAAAGACAUGUGGAGUCACUGCUUGACAUCUGUCAUGAGACAAGCUCUUCUUCAAUGGAUGUGACAGUUUCCCAAACUGAAAACAUCAUCUUUCAGAGCAUCAGCAGCAAUGAGGACUUUGGCCUUGAGGAAGACUGCAGCCUAUCCAUACUGGCUGGGGAAGGAGCAGCUGCCCGGGGUGAAGACUGGCCAUGCAGGACAGAAGGUGUUGAGAUUAUUGUGAUGUUUCCACCAGACCCUCCCCAAGAAACAAGCCAAGAAGAUUUGAAAGAAAACAAGCAGGUGACCUCAGUGCAUCAGGAGUGGGAACAGGUGCGUCCUGUCUCUCCACCAAAUGAAGUGGAGAUGGUGAGCCUCACAGCAAGACCUUCAUGUCUGAAGAGGGAAGGAAGUUCUGAGGAGCUCCAUGGUAUGGACAUGGCCCUCUUACUGAGACCUUGCUUAGACCCAAGUACUGCUGUGUCUGCAACCAGGGAGGAGGCCCCCCAUGUUCUGAAAGUGCAGCAAAGAAAACCUGAAGAGUUUCCUACUUCUGACAUGAGACACAGUGGCCGAAGAAUUGAGUUUCCUCUGCCACCACUAUCACUCUUGCCCAUGAGAUCUUGUGUCCUCGAUGUGGAAAAAAGUCACAAGUUCCCAAGACCCAAUGAGAGAAAAGUUCCAAGCUUUACCACCUCUGUACCUAAGCUCUUAGAGCCUCUUAGUCAAUCAGUUGACUUUAGCUCAUCAAAGAGCCAUCCAGAAGUCACAUGGAAGGGACCAGCAAAACAGAGCCUCAGGGCGUCUGACAGUGCCAUUUGGUCUAGAAACAUGUGCUCUUUCCAGAAGGUGAAUCAUCCCAGAAAACAGGGGGGAGUGGUGGAGAGUUGGGAACCCCAGGAAAUGGAAGGAUGGGACAAAACUGAAACCUCUUGCUUUGAAGAAGGGCCAGCAUUGGUUUCCUGUGAGAAGGUCAAAGAAGGCAAUGUUCCCACAGAGAGGGAAAGGGGUAGUGAGUUCCAUGAUAGCAAAAUGAGAAAAGGGGGUGAAAUCUCCCAAUAUCCUUCAUCAAGAAAAAAAGAGGGUUCAACAGCCAGAGCGUUUGAACAAGAUUCCGAAGCUGUGUACACCAGUCUCAGCAAGCUCCAGGAAGCCCCAAAUGCAGAAAUAACCCAAGCUGAGGAAAAAGAGAUCAGAAAUGAGAAAGUUCCUUUUUCUGAAAGCAAUUCUUUACAUGAAGCUGGAGCGACAGAACCAUACGCUGUGUCAGAAGAGGCUAGAGUUCUAAAGGACAUAUCUUGUAUGAACUCUGACGGCUCCAUUGAAGAGCUCCUAGAAGGCCAUAAAGACACAGAACAGAACAAAAAAAUAUCAGUAGAGGAAUCAAUGAAGCAAGAAAUGAAUGGGAUGGUACCUCUUGUCCAAAUCAUAUUCCCUGGAGAAGGAACACACAAGGAGUCAGCUACAGCCAAAGCUAACCUCCAAAAGAGAAAACACACUAUGCAGAAUAGCAGUAGCCUCAACAUGCUUGCUCAACAAGAACAGGACAAACUCCAGACAAAUACUCCUAGAGCCAAGUUGGAUUCUAGGACCAAGGCAAGAAACAGACCACCUCCUAAUCUCACAGUUUCCAUCCAAGCUUCCAUUAAACCCAACAGGCAUAAAAACAGCAUAAAAACUCAAGUUUUCCCUGCUUUGGAACCCAUGGACCCCAGACCUCAUCUGUCACCUAAGUUUCAAAGGAAAGUGCCUCCAACAGAAAAGAAGAAAUCAAUGCAUCAAACCCAGAACUCUAAAAAGCAAGCAUUUCCUCGAAUCAGUAAAAGCUCGGGUAUAAAAAAGCCAUGUGUUCCCCUGUUGGCUGAAACAACAGAUCCAAGACUGCAUUUCCUGGACUUGAAGUAUAGUGACAUGUUCAAAGAAAUCAAUUCAACCUCCAAUGGACCAGGAAUCUACGAGAUGUUUGGGACUCCCAUUUAUAGUUACAUUCGAGAGGCAGAAAGGCAUGAACACAGAUAUUACCGUGAAAUAUGCACAGCUCCCCUGGGCCGAUGCGUCCCCAGUAAAUGUCAGUCUUCCCAAAGUGACCGAAGCAGCAAUAGCAGAGCAAGACUUCUUCAGAAGAGGCCACACAUAAAAGCCACCAAGCCUUCACUUGGUCUCAAGCAAAAGCACAGAGGGUUAAUUUCUAAAGAAAGGGGUUGCAGGGCUACAGGUAGCCACAGGGAGGAUGGUGUUUCAGAACCAGACUGGCUGAUUAAAUCUUCAGGCAAUGGCUUUCUGUCUCCCAAAGAUGAAGUUCAGCUCACAAACUUGAAACCAAUCCCUGAGCAAUCCCCUGAACAGAAAGAGACCCCUCCUGUUUCAGAUCUAUCCAUCGUUGAAGACAUCAUCACAGAGGAGGAUGUAGAUGAGGGAGGCGUUUUUACCAGUGACAUACUUACCCAAAGCCUUAGAGAUCUAAAAGGGCUUGGAGAGCUGCACCAGCAGGCCCUGCUUGUCCCUUCAGAAAACAGCUGGGCUGUGGUGCUCAGCGACAAGAGUUCAGGCAAGCAUGUGUCACCAGAAAAGCAGGACAUAGAACCUCUUGACAAAGUCAAUGCUGGCCAGAUGCUCAUGGAUUCCCUAGAAUUCGAUAGCCUUUCAGAGAAGUCUAAAACACCCAUGAGCUUUCGGAGUUUCUCUUUCCACGAGAACCCAGAAAGUGCACCUUCCCCUACAGAACAACACUGGGCACCUUCUUUAGAUCAGGACAGCUUAGAAAAUAACUCUGUCACAUAUCAAACACUUGGAAAGAUUUCGAGAGAAAUCUUAGACCCAGUAAAGAAUGAAGAAUUGACGGAUGAGUUGCUAGGUUGUCUGGUUGAAGAACUAUUAGCGCUUGAUGAGACAGAUAACAGCUCUUGCCAAAUAAUGACAAAUGAGGCAGAUGCCGAAAACCUGAACCUUGUCUUCAGUAGGAAAGGUAAUACCAUUGAAGAAUUGGACAGAGAGACAACAAAUGUUAAACUACAGAGGUGUGUUAAUGGAUUCAGGAUAUAUGACAAGGAAGAAAACUUUCUUAACUCAAAUGAAAAGAGGACACUUUCUGACAAGAGUUUAAAACAUGAAGAAGCUAUAUUCUGGACCAAGGGUGAGAUCCUUGGAAGAGGAGCCUAUGGCACAGUUUACUGUGGACUUACUAGCCUAGGACAGCUAAUAGCUGUGAAGCAGGUGGCCUUGGAUACUUCUGAUAAAUUGGCUACUGAGAAAGAAUACCGGAAACUGCAGGAGGAAGUAGAUUUGCUGAAGGCACUGAAGCAUGUAAACAUAGUGGCUUAUCUAGGGACAUGCUUGGAGGAGAACACGGUGAGCAUCUUUAUGGAAUUUGUCCCUGGUGGCUCCAUCUCUAGUAUUAUAAACCGCUUCGGGCCCCUGCCUGAGAUGGUGUUCUGUAAAUACACAAGACAGAUCCUGCAAGGUGUUGCUUAUCUCCAUGAGAACUGUGUGGUCCAUCGAGACAUCAAAGGAAACAACGUCAUGCUCAUGCCAACUGGGACAAUAAAGCUGAUUGACUUCGGCUGUGCCAAGCGUCUGGCCUGGGCAGGCUUAAAUGGUACUCACAGUGACAUGCUGAAGUCCAUGCAUGGGACUCCAUACUGGAUGGCCCCUGAGGUCAUCAAUGAGUCUGGCUAUGGAAGGAAAUCAGAUAUCUGGAGCAUCGGCUGCACUGUGUUUGAGAUGGCCACUGGGAAGCCUCCUCUGGCUUCCAUGGAUAGGAUGGCAGCCAUGUUUUACAUUGGAGCCCACAGAGGCCUAAUGCCUCCUCUACCUGACCGAUUUUCAGAAUCUGCGGCAGACUUUGUGCGCUUGUGCCUGACCAGGGAUCAGCAUGAGAGACCAUCUGCUCUCCAGCUCUUGAAGCACUCCUUCCUGAAGAGAAGCCAGUGAGCAUGUACCAGCUUCCCACUCUAGACUUCCUACCCCCACUUCUGGCUCUGCUGUGGGGAAUGAUGGUUAAGGGACUUAUUUUCCUAUUAUAAAUCCAACAUAGCCCAAUUUAACCAGAUCCUGCAGCAUUAUUGGAAAGUUUUAGUUACAUACUGACCUUAAACUUCAGGCAUGACUGUCUAUUUGCAUGAGAAGAAACUUUCAAAUUAAUUUUUAAAACCCCAUCAAACCCCAUUCCAGUGUUUGCAAUUUUGAUUGCCCAAGAACUAUCUCUAUUGCUUUAUAUGCUUCUUUUAAUUUUUUUUUUUGAACAGAGUCUCACUACGUAGCCCUGGCUGUCCUGAACUCACUAUGUAGACCUUGUUGGCAUCAA